AAUGUGUUGCUUCAGUGCAGGAGGGCCUUGCUUCUACCUUACCCAGAAGGAUAGAGUGGCAGCAGUCUCCAAAUUAAUCAGUUUUUCCUCCGAUGACGUACAAUUCUUUGCAUCUUUCUAUUCAUUAUGGUCGUUCCCGAAUCCCAGGAAAAAAUGUACUACCCUCCAGUCGAACUUCAGAGGAAUGCUCAUGUGCCUGAUUUUAACUCUUAUCUGGUAAUGUACAAGAAGUCGUUGGAGAACCCAGAAGCUUUCUGGAGGGAGGUUGCUGAUGAGUUCUUUUGGAAGAAGCCAGCAACAGGGCCGAUGCUUCAGCACAACUUUGACAUGACAAAGGGCAACAUUUUUGUGAACUGCAUGGAAGGAGCCAAAACCAACAUGUGCUACAAUGUCCUGGACAGACAUGUGAAGGAAGGGAAGCUUGGCGAAAAGGUUGCAUAUUACUGGGAGGGAAACUCACCCGAUCAUCACAUGACAAUCACCUAUCGCCAGCUGCUGAGCCACGUGUGCCGUUGUGCUAAUGUCCUCAAGCAAAUGGGUGUAAAGCGGGGAGACAGGGUGUCCAUCUACCUGCCCAUGAUCCCAGAGCUCAUCGUCACCAUGCUGGCCUGUGCUAGGAUAGGUGCCGUUCACUCCAUCGUGUUUGCAGGUUUCUCCUCUGAGUCGCUGUGUGAGAGAAUCAUGGACGCCCAAAGCAGCGUUCUGGUAACAGCAGAUGGUGUUUACAGAGGCGAGAAGCUGAUCAACCUGAAGCAGAUUUCAGAUGAAGCGCUGGAGAAGUGCAGGGAAAAAGGAUCAUCUGGUGUCACCACAUGUCUGGUCAUCAAGCACCAGGCACAGAGGACAAGAACUGGAACCUCAUGUAACAAACUACAGACCCCCUGGGAGUCGGAGCGAGACGUGUGGUGGGAUGAGGUGAUGAGGGAUUCUCCAGAUGAGUGUGAACCGGAGUGGAUGGAUGCUGAAGAUCCUCUCUUCAUCCUGUACACCAGCGGCUCUACUGGGAAACCCAAAGGUGUUGUCCACACAGUCGCUGGAUACCUGCUCUACACCUCUCUUACCUUCAGAUACGUUUUCGAUCAUCACCCUGACGACGUGUACUGGUGCACAGCAGACAUCGGCUGGAUAACCGGCCACUCCUACAUCACCUACGGCCCUCUGGCGAAUGGCGCCACGAGUGUACUUUUUGAGGGCCUCCCAGUGCACCCCCACGUCGGCCGGUUCUGGGAAAUCAUUGAAAAGUACAAAGUGACCAAGUUCUACACGGCUCCCACAGCUAUCCGCCUGCUGAUGAAAUACGGACAGGAACCACUUCGGAAGUACGACCUGUCCAGCCUGAGGAUUCUGGGUACCGUGGGAGAGCCCAUCAAUCCGGAGGCAUGGCGGUGGUACCAUGAGGUGGUCGGUCAAGGUCGGUGUCCUGUGGUCGACACGUUCUGGCAAACAGAGACGGGAGGUCACGUGUUGACUCCUCUACCUGCCGCCACACCUCUCAAACCAGGUUCUGCUACUUUUCCCUUCUUUGGAGUGGAGCCGGCCAUCCUGAACGAGCAUGGAGAGGAACUGGAGGGCGUGACGGAGGGUUAUCUGGUUUUCAGGAAGCCCUGGCCGGGAAUAAUGCGCACCAUUUAUAAAAACCAAGAGCUUUUUGAGAACACCUACUUCAGGAAGUUCCCAGGCUUUUAUGUGACCGGCGAUGGAUGCAGGCGAGAUAAAGAUGGAUAUUACUGGAUCACAGGGAGGAUAGAUGACAUGUUGAAUGUGUCAGGACACCUUAUGAGCACAGCGGAGGUGGAGGCGGCCCUGAUGCUGCACCAGUCUGUGUCGGAAGCCGCCGUGGUGAGCCGACCUCACAAGGUGAAGGGAGAGUGUCUCUACUGCUUUGUCACACUCAAAGACAGCAAGGAGUUCAACUGCAAACUGGUGGAGGACCUGAAGAGACUCGUGAGAGAGAAAAUUGGGCCAAUCGCCACACCGGAUUUCAUCCAGAAUGCCCCGGCACUGCCAAAGACUCGCUCAGGGAAAAUUAUGAGACGGAUCCUGAGGCAGAUUGCUCGCAACGAGAAGGAUCUGGGUGACCUCUCCACCCUGGCUGACCCCAAGGUGGUGGAGGUGUUGUUCAACCAGAGGAGUGAAGCUGCAGCCUGACCACCUUCAUCUCCGAUCCUCUAACUAUGCAACGCUACUGACGAAGUCGAUCUGCUGCUUCGCAGUGAGCCUCUGAAUGCUUAUUUUUAUGGGGAUCAGAAACUUUUAGAAAUCUUCAGCACAGCUGUUUCUGUAGAUUAUUUUUGAAUUUGGGCCAAAAGUGUCACAGAUCAGUUAAAAAUGUAUAAUUGUAUGUAAGAUAAAUAUUUUUAAGCUUGAAAGAGAAAAAGUCAGCUUUGCACAGUGAGUCUGUGUUGUAUUUUCACUCUGUAAAACAUUUCAGACCUGAGAAUAAAACAGUUGAAUCAC